UUCCCUUCUGUUUUUAUACCUGAAUGUACUCCAAUCUCUCUCCUCUAGAAUUUUAUAAACCAGACUUUAUAGCUCUUGCACUUCUUGGUUUAUCUUUACACCCCUCAACUCCAAUAUAUUAUUAUUACUUAUUCAUUUUUCUGUUAUCAACUUUAGAAAGAAAGAAAAACAAAACACAAACCACACUCUCUCACACCCAAAGAGUCCAAAAGAUAGAGAGAGAGAUAAGUAUUACUAUUAGUGACAAAGAAAGAGAAGAGAAGUUCUUCCUUGAUGGGUAACAACAAGUUCAGAUUGUCAGAUAUGAUACCAAAUGCAUGGUUUUACAAGCUCAAAGACAUGAGCAAAACCAGAAAGCAAAACAAUACUCGUUCCACCAAGAAAAAGCUCACUCCAGUCACUUCUAAAACCCAGCAAAAUCCCCAACUUUCUCACCCAAGAUAUGCACCAACAGAGCCCACCACCACCACCAACAACAACAGAUCGUUCUCUCCCUCCAACUCAAAACCCUCCAGACCCCAUUUGCCAGAUCCUCCUAGAAAAUCAUCCAAGAAAAUAGCUAGAAGAAAAGCCAUCUCCAUACCCCACCCGAGUCUCAAACCCGUUUGGAUUAACCCGAACCCGCUUCGGUCUCCUGAUUACUCUGUUUCCGGCACUGAGAGUUGUUCCGAGCCGGAUCACUCCCGCGAGUCAAUUCCCUCAGAAUUUGACUGCGAUGACUAUGUUAGGUCCGACCCUUUUGUGGGGUUAGCCUCUUGGUCAAGCUCGUGUAACUGUAGACUCAGCUCUUCCACCGCUGACAUCAUCAUCGACUUGAACAAUGGCAAUGGCGAUGGCCCUGUCAAGAAAACUGAGAAGCUAGAACAUGACUUUUACGACGUCGUUACGGAGCUCGAGCUUCCUCCUAUCUUGACAAAGCCAAUUAAUUUUGACGACACCAUCUUUGAAGCGACUAAGUAUAGACCCAAACUCAAAGAAGAAAGCUGUAGAACAACUCGAAGAGAGUCGAAAAGCACUAAUAAUAAUAAUAAUGUUCAAGCUCGAAAAUCUUCUAGUGGCUCUAAUGGCAUAAAGCUCAGAACCAACUCGCCGAAGCUUGCCAGCAAGAAAAUCCAGGCCUAUGCCCGAAAGAGCAUCUCAGCAAGAAAUAACAAACACCUUGCGGAGAGCUUUGCGGUCGUUAAGUCCUCCAUUGAUCCGCAGAGCGAUUUUAAAGAAUCAAUGGUGGAGAUGAUCGUGGAAAACAACAUCAAGGGAUCCAAGGAUUUAGAAGAACUUUUAGCGUGUUACCUUUCUCUCAACUCCAAGGAAUAUCAUGAUAUAAUCGUCAAGGCGUUUGAGCAAAUCUGGUUUGAUAUGGCCCAUGUUCGAGUGUAAAUUCUUAUUAGAAACUUUUAAUUAAAUACAUAUAUUAAUAUAUAUAUAUAUUAAUCUCUCUUAGUGUUUUUUUUUUUAGUUUCCUCUUUCGUCUAACAUGCAUCUUCUCAGACCUUUUUGUCUUCUUUUGAUCUAGGCUAGCUAUAGGACUAGUGAUCGAUGCGUUUCAGUACUGCUUUUUUUUAUAUCAUGCACUGAAAUUCAUAAACAGAUCGUAUUUUUAACUUUCUAUAGCUAAGUUUGGAGGUAUGCAUAUAUAUGAUAUGUAGCAAAGCUAAGAAUUUUAGUUCGUUUCUGGUUUAACUUAGUAUGUAUUUAUUGUUUUUGAGUGUGA